AUGCGCUUCAUCCAACUUCUCGUCCUCGUCCCAGCGCUGGCUGCGGCCCAGGAGCAGCAGGUUCCUCUCGCGGACCGUGUUCAGGGCUGGUUCAACAAGGCCAAGUCUUAUCUACCUACUGCGACUCCGGUUAUCCCUGUCGUCGAGAAGGUCGCUGAGCCAGUGAAGGUUGUCAAGGAAAAGGCUGUUAUCCCUUUCAACCUGACUAACUGGGAGGGGCUUCUGGAACCAUCCUCAGAGCCUCAGGAUUGGCUUCUUUUCAUCACUGGCGGAAAUAAGACUUGCUUUGGCCGUUGUGCCCAGGCGGACAAGUCGUUCAAUGAAUCCGUCCCCCUUUUCGCCGCUGAUCCCACAUCUCCCAACCUUGGUUACCUGGAUUGUGAAUCUAACCAGCUUCUUUGCUCCAUCUGGUCUGCCGGUGCUCCUUCCGCUUGGUACUUCAAGGUCCCUGAGGCUCAAGCCAGCGGAGAGCGCGCUCCUACCGCCCUGCACAUGGUCUACCUCAACACCACCACCGUUACUCCGCAGACGAUCUAUAGGAUUCACGCUGAGAAGACCUAUGAGAAGAGGCCUGCCUACGAUGGCGCUUUCCACCCCACGGAUGGCUGGUUGGCCCAGUAUGGUCUGCUUGUGCCUGUCGGCUAUAUUAUCUACGGCUUUGGUGCUGUUCCUAGCUGGCUCUUCAUGAUUCUUGUUAGCUUUGCCAGCCGAUCCAUGAUGAGCCGUCGAAUUGGAAACACUGGAGCCCCCGCUCCUCGUGCUGAUUAG